UCAUCACGCAGCAACAAUGCCCAGAUCCAACAACAAGAAAUCGUCGACAUCCAAGGCCGACGGCGCCGCGCCCUCGCUCUUUGGCAUCCUCGCGAUGCUCACGGCGCUGCUGGCCGCCGUCUUCUACGUUGCCGAGCAGAACCUCGACAAGUUCUACAUCUUCGACCUCGACCAUCUGCAGGAUCUGUCGAAGCGCAGCAUUGCCGCGCACGGCGACGACACAAAGGCCAUUGUCAAGUACAUUGUCGACGAGCUGAGCGAGAAGCUGCCCAACAACAUCAACGUCCAGGAGGAAUGGGUCUUUAACAAUGCUGGUGGUGCAAUGGGCGCCAUGUACAUUAUCCAUGCCAGUAUCACUGAGUACCUCAUCAUCUUUGGCACCGCCGUCGGCACCGAGGGCCACACUGGCCGCCACACGGCCGACGACUACUUCCACAUCCUCACGGGUGUCCAGCAGGCCUACGUCCCCGGCGAAUAUGCGCCCGAGGUCUACCCUCCCGGCUCUGUGCACCACUUGCGCCGCGGCGUUGUCAAGCAGUACAAGAUGCCCGAGUCCUGCUUCGCCCUCGAGUACGCGCGUGGCUGGAUCCCCCCUAUGCUCUUCUUUGGCUUUGCCGACGGCCUUUCCAGCACCCUCGAUGUCCAGACUCUCUGGCACACUACCCGCAUCACUGGUAGAGAGAUGAUUGGCAACUUGCUGCGUCUCAAGAUCUAAGCUGGUUACAAGGGAUGAGCUGUUGUGCUAGUACAAAAAGAAUUUGGGGUUUGGGUUCACGUUGCGCUGCCACUUCGGCACAGACGUUCACAAAAGGGAUAUUCUUUAUAGACUUAAUGUUUUAAUCUUCAAGGCAAUAUUACAUUUCCAAAUAUUAAUCGGCUUGAAUAUAAGAAGCCUCGGCUUAUAGUACGUAACAAGGCCACAUGGCCAGUAUAUUCAUAAUCCGUUUUGUCCGCUGUACGCCAGUAAAAAAAAAUGAUGACAAAACAAGGCCCAUUUUGGUAUACAAUGAGCAUGCAGAAAUGAGCCCUCCCAUAAAAACCCGCGGGUGCAAAUCCGUGAUGCACUCCGCCAUUCGAUUCCCUUUGCUUUUUGCGUAAAAACAAGAUAACCAACACGUAUGUUCACAUCAAACAGGUCGUAAUAUGUGCGCUCCCACCAGGAGACGAAUAGAAGCAGCAAUACAAGGCACAAUCAUGCCAGCCAAUGCUCUGCUGUUCGCUUCAGUCCUCCCAUAACCAGUCCGUCAUCAUCGUCCGAGUCCGAGUCGUCCGAGUCGUCAUUCAAGCGUAGCUGCUCGACAAUCGUAGCAGCAAUGUUCAGUUUCUCGUCAUUAAUAUCCACUUCUUCAUCAUCAAACAUCCAAGUCAAUCCAUUCUCCUCUUCUUCAAGCGGAAACACCUCGCGGGCGUACUCUUCCAAACCUCGAGGACCUUCCCACAGCUCAAGCGCUUCAGUCGGGCAGUUUCGCUCUAGUUUUGCGUCGCCAAAGUAAGGCGGCUGCUUCUUGGGAUCUCGCUCGUCCAGUUUAAAGAGCUGCUCCAGUCCUUCAAGCUGCUGGCGGUAUCCGGCAGGGAUGCGUACUUUGAUGUCGAUUGGGCCGCGAACAUAUCGAACGGGGCGGCCAACGCCACGAGAGAAGAGAUCACAAGCCUCCGUAGGUGUGAGAUACUCAUAGGCUAGCGCAAUUCGCUCAUUGCGCCACUUUGCGACACCGUCUUUGAACAGCUGAAGAAUGGCAGGGCCAACGUCGUGCUCAGCAUCUAGCCAUGGGAGCUUGGCGUGCUCGUGGAAAGCUCGUCUCCGUAAAAAGUAGUAUUAAUAAAGGCAAGCUGGGCGCCACGGAAGAGAUUUGAGAUGAGCUCGUGAUUGACUCCGACACCGGAAAGAGGGCCAUUUUGCGUAACAUCUCUGUUCUCAGCUGUCGGCUUAUGCCUAACAUAGAGAUCACCAACAAUAACAGUGACGUUUGGAUUUGUUGAAACUUCGGUCGCAACGACGCCCUCGAGAUUUCGCAACUGUGCGCGGACAUGGUAUCCGACAGCGGUGGCAACCCGAAUGAGCGACGCUGCUUGGCGACCACUGGCGUUGAUGAUGGCGAUCGUCUUAUCUGGUGCGGACAUGAGGCGCUUGGGAGGGCGGAAGGUAAGAGAAUUAUUCCGCGAGUUGGCAAGGGGGGAUGAUUCCGAGUAUGACGAGCGCGAGUGCUUGUGUUGCUUGCGGUAGUAUCCGUUUUGAUCAGUCGGCAUGCGGAUUGGGAGACCAGUCAUGAUGGAGGUGUUGAGUUGGGCCGGCAUGGUCGCAGCGGACGUCGGCGCACUAGCUGCUGGCCACGGCUUGUACAACCCAAUUGACAAGCCACAGGAAAGUCAGGAUUCCUGCAAUGAGACAGAAUUUCCAAAUCGUGGAGUCGAGCACGAGACCUUUUUUGCCCCAGCCUAUGCUUUCCUUGGGUGGAAUUUCAAGAGUUGUUGUUCCCCCUCCUUUGGGGCACACGAUCGGCUCGUCGCUGUUUAAACGGCUGUCGAUGGGGGUGGUGACUAGCAGCGGUUACCGGCUCGGUUCAACAGCAAACACACAAGGCCUCAAACCUGCCGCUUUGCGCUGAAAAGAGAUGUGUAAAUUGCCAACCGCAAAUCGAGGCACAAGCUCGACGACGUCAACGACACAACAAGUGUGGUGGGCGUCGUCUGGACUUUUUGACCUGGCGGGGGCCACAGUCCGAACGAUGGCCGGUGCAAGGCGGCCAGUCGCGGAAUUGCACAAAGACUUUUUUCUUCGCCGUGGUUCUGGCUGCAGAGGGCGGGGCCGUAGGUGGAUGUGCUUGGUGCGUCGUGUAACGGCCCAGACGCAAGGAUUUGGAGGUGAGGCGUGUGGGAAUGGUCGAUUGCUGUUGGAUGGUUUAUAUGCAGUGUUGGAAGUGAAAAUGCCAAACGUAUGGUAGUCAAAAGUCUUGCGUAGUGUCGACAGACUUAGGUGCAAUAACGAAUGCGUCACUGGCGAUCCAGUCUUUCGCUUAUCAGUGAGAAUGGAGGGGGGUUCCCAAAACCAGUGUGUAUAAGUGAGCGAAUGAGUGAGUGUAUCGAUUCGGGAUUGGUAGAGCGAAUGCGAUUGGCUUCGAUG